AUGAAAUACGAAACAUGCAUUCUACUUAGACGAUUUUUGAGCAGAACUUUUGAAGUUCCGUCUAUUCGUAGACCAAUCAAAAAAUCCAUACCGGUAUGCUCAAUAUAUCCUAAGAAUGCAUAUGCGAGCUCUAUACAAUUACCAAAAUCGGCAACCCUACUGCAAAAUGAUGAAAAUACUACCGUGGUACUCUUGGGGACGGUGCAUUUCAGCAAACAAUCAGUUGAAGAUGUGUCCGAGAUAGUGAAAGUCUUAAAUCCAAACGCUAUUUUAGUAGAAUUAUGUCGGCAGAGAGUAUCACUUUUGGAAUUGGACGAUAAAAAGUUUCUCGAAGAUGCUAAAAACUUUGAUGCCCAAAAGUUAAAAGAGGCAGUAAAAGGCCAAAACUUCGUGUCUGGAAUGUUACACGCAAUGCUAUUAAAGACUUACGCUGAUAUCGCUAAAGAGUUGGGAGUCGCACCUGGAGGAGAGUUUCGAAGAGCUUAUCAUGAGAUGAAGAAAAUACCGGGAUGUAAGUUAUUUCUUGGCGACCGACCAAUUCAAAUAACGAUUGCUAGAGCCUUUCAGUCGUUGAGCGUGUAUGAAUUGGGUCAAGUAUUGUACCAUCUUACGACAACAAACCCAAAACCGCUAGACAAGGACCAAUUAGAAAAGUACAAAGAUAGGGAUUUUGUUCAAGCGCAGUUUGAAGAAAUAACUAAAGAUGUACCCGCUUUUAAGAAAAUUUUUCAUGUUUUUGUCGACGAGCGUGACAAAUGUCUUGCGUAUUCACUACAAGAAUGUGUUCGUGCUGUUCAAAGUCCUCGCGUCCUUGCUGUGGUCGGCAUGGGACAUGUAGAUGGCAUUGUAAAAUAUUAUGGGAAAAUGAGGCAAGAGGAUAUCGUGCCACUACUGUUCAUACCCCCACGGCCAAUGUAUAAAGUGAUAUUACCAAAAGUUCUGAAAAUUGGUUUCUAUUUUAUUAUUUUUUCUUUUUUUUAUAGGUUAUUGUUUGGAUAA